CAAGUUUUUACAAUGGUCGCCACGAGGCACGUUUGCAGUCUUUCUGAUCACUUCUUACCAACAACCAACUGACCACCACUCACCUGAAAUCAAUUCUACAAGGUUGAAGAAACCACGUUGCAAUUUUCAUGAAUACAUUUUCAGGCCGUCUUUUGAUGCGGGAAUCGCUGAGAUGGUGCCUUCUGCCGACGAAACCACUUCAGAAAAGGAAGUAAGCGCGAUUAUUUAUUGGGCUGAUUGGAAACACAUCAAGAAUACAGAUAAAUGAAUAAUAUUAUAACAGCAUGCUACGCAGCUGCGGACUAAGAUUAUAUGAACUAUCAGCAGUACAAAUGGACAAAAAUGGAUACAAAUGGAUUCCACCUCAAAUGAAUGAUAAUGAAAAAAGAGAAACAAACAGGAAGCUGAAAAAAUCCAUUUACCGUGAUUUACAUGGACGGUAAUCGGUUUUCAGAUGCUCAGUUCAUUCCGCUCGGGGAAAGAUCUGUACGCAUCCGUCAAUCCUGCUCUCCAAUUUUUCCAGACCCUUGCAGUUGCUGAGAUUGUACAUGCAGCUGUGGGCUUUGUUAAGUCCAGUCCAUUGCUGACGGGGUUUCAGGUGUUUUCCCGUGUUUUCGUAGUAUGGGCCGUGUUGGAUUAUUCUGUCGAGGCGCGGGACAGCGUGGGAUUUCCGAUGCUCUUGAUCUGCUGGACUUUGGCCGAAAUGACGCGCUAUGCUUUCUAUGCAGCUAACCUAAUCAACAUGGACGCUCCGGUGUUGACAUGGCUGCGCUACACAAUGUUCAUCGUUUUGUAUCCGAUCGGCAUUACCGGCGAAUUGUUAGCGACAUGGCAGUCCAUGAAUAAAAUUGUGGAAAAACGCCCAUAUUGCUACAGCGAUAAUGCGGUCAAUUGGGUGUGGUAUGUCUACGUUGGUCUGAUGCUGACUUACAUACCCGUGUUUCCUAAAUUAUAUCUGUACAUGCUGCAUCAGAGGAAAAAGGUCUUGGGACACAGUCGCCCAGCAAAAAGGGAAGGAAAAAAGGUGGAAUAAUUCCGUGACGCUAUCCAUGCUAUCCAGUAUUCUAGACGCAGUUGGUUUUAGUUCCAGUCAUUUCAGGUGGCUUUGUGAACCCUGAAAUGUUUUUGUAAAUAGACUUCGAAUGUUUUUGAUGAAUUUGCAAUUCUAUUGGAUAACUGAAUCAUGUCUUUCAUCAACUGCAUUAAUUACAAUCUGUAUUACGAAUGGUUUAUGUUGCUGUAAGAUGUCUGCAUUUUCAGAAAA